GGAGAAAGAAUAAAAUGUUGGAAAAAAAUGAGGAUUUUGGGUUGGUGGAUAGCCGGUCAGUAGCUACUGCUCAGGGAUACCCGACCGAGCUUUCCCCUGGCCCGACCGGAUCUGUUGCCCAGCUGCCUGAUGCUGCUGCCAGCCCGACCGAAUGCUGCCCUGACCCGAUCGGGUAUAAAGAGCAGAAUUCUUCCAAGGGGCCUGCCAGCGACGAAAUGGCUGCUGCCAGGAAAAAAGCUUUGACAACGCCAACCCAGGGGCUGUCCAAAGAUGUUGAUAAGGAUUCCGAGGCCGGUUUGAUAGAUACCGAAAGGAUUGUGAUGGAUGAAAAAGAUUUGAAGCUAAAUGAUGUUGUCAUCAAAUGUGCGGUCAUAAACGGUCAUCAACUAGUAUGGAGAACAACAAUCAAUGAUAUGUGAAUCACAAUCCUGAUUGAGAGAAAUUUGAUAAAUCUUCCGUGAGGCACUCGGACAAUGAUGUCAAUACGGGUGAAUACGGGAGAAGAAAUGAUAAGAAGUAAAGACAAAUAAUAUGAUGUAUAAAUGUAGUAAAUUGAAAUAAUAGAUUGAAUUGUAUAUUUGUUAUGACACUAUCAUAUAUUAUUUUUUGUUGCUUCCUAUUGUAUCACAUAUAUUGGAUUUUGUUGCAUCGUGUUUCAUUUUGUUGCAUCUUGUUACUUUUUGUUGUACCAUGUUUCUUAUUAUUGUUUAUAUUUAGUAUUUUGUUGUUUUAUGUUGUAUCACAUGUAUUGCAUUUUGUUGCACCGUGUUUCAUUUUGUUGCA